AUGUCACUCUCCAGGACCUAUCGGGCUGCUACAAGGCAGGUCCGCAGUUUCUCUGUUUCGUCCAACCUGCGUGUUGGCCCCGAAUCGCCGAAUUACAUCGAAGUGCCCCAAACUUUGCAGCCAGAUCUACCUCCAACGCCCCGAGUCAAGGGCACUCUCCCUGUGCCGCGAGAAAUAUUUCCUGCCCGUCGCCCGGAUAAGGCCACGCCGGCAUACAUUUCUGCUGCUACGCUCGAACCAAGCAAGCCCAAAAUCAUCAAGAAAGGGGAUCCCAACGCCGAGUCUAUCGAAUGGAAACGGAAGAUGGCAGCGUCCCGGAGAAAGAACCUGGAAGAAGGUCUGCUCGAGUUAUAUGAACGAAAGAAGACUACAGACGCGGCCAUGACGCGGCGCAGCGCAGCGAAGCAGGCUCGACGAGAGCGUGUGUUGAGACAACCCGAGCGAGACGAUGAACGCCUGACAAAUCCCUCCGUCAUACAGGCUCUAAAGACACAGCAUGGAAUCCUACCAGAUCCAGACCGAGAUGCACGACUUGCACGGUCCCGCGAGCGCGUGCUGGAGAAGCAGCUUCAGAAAUCCGCAGAACGCCACAACGACCUUCACACUCUUUAUAUGAACGCCAGAACCUUUAUUACUACCGAGGAGCAGCUCACACGGGAGAUCGAGGCCAAGUUCCGCGAGGACGGCGGGGAUGAAUGGCUGUCUGACAGCGGCAUAGGCACAAACGUCUGGGCCAAGGGUGCUCCGCCAACCAUCCAAGAUAUCGUGAAGAACCAGACAAGGGACGAUGUUGGCCGAUGGAGAAUCGAGCAAGACAGGAUGAGCAAGGUGGUUGAGGAGAUGACUGGUGGAAAGCUGUAG